UUUUCAUCACCAUGAAAUCUGUUGAUAAAAUGGCGUCAGAACUUUCAGGAUUACUUUAGUAAAGUUACCAUGGGUAGAAAGAACAAAAGUGGUGUGUCUCCUCAGAAUCAAGAAUCAUGUCAUAAGCUAAAUUUCUUGCAUCAGGCUUCCCAUGUAGUGCUGGCCAUCAACCCAGAAAAUGUGGAAAUGUCAAGAUUUUAUGCAAGCACAAUGAAAUCAACAGCUCAAAAACUGGUGUUUAAAUUGGAUCCAAGUAUCAAAAGGACUAUUUGCAAGCACUGUCAUGCUCUUCUCAUACCAGGAAUUACAGCAAGAGUCAGAGUCAGACGGAGAAGAGAGAGACACAUUGUGGUUACAUGCCUGGAAUGUCAGACCGUCAAAAGGUAUCUCUGUAGACCUAACCAUGUUUUGUGGAGUGAAAAACACAAUACCACCAAGCAGCAAGAUAAUGACAACGAUGAGGUUGUGCAAGAAAAUCAAAAGGAAAGACAGGAGAAGAGUUAAUGAUUGUCAGUCUUGAGAAAAGGAAAAGGGGCACUCUCCAUUUUUUUACUGCAAGGAUUUUCUGUCUGGAGGAGCAGAAAGAUUUUUCAACCAACAAAAUUGAACAGGACAAGUGUGAUCCCUCUGCAUAGAGUUUACUUUUUUCCUUUUUAGAGCAUACAUACUCAAGUGUGCAUGAACAGAAGCCAACAACUGGAUAAUUUAUAAUGGCAUAUGUUUCUAGUGAAUAGAAGCAAACAGUAAAGUGAAUUUUGCUGUUUUCCAGUCAUCUUAGAUGUUAGAAAUGGCAAUAAGCAUUACAUCAUAAACAUGUGACACACAUCACAAAAGUAAGAACACAUCACACUUUAGUGGUCUGGCCACCCAAGAUGAUAGGUGGCCAGUUCCAGAUGUUCUUUCUGUAAAACGGAGUGUAAUAAACAACUGCACCCUUUGUUUUAUUUACUGAACACUUGGAAUGGGCUAGGAUUUUAUUGAGUAUGUAAGGAUUCACAUGACUAUGAGUAAAUGAAAAACCAUUUGCUUGUGAGACAGCUCUGAGAAAGUAAAAGACUAUAGGAUGAAAUUGGAUAAUAAGGAAACUUUUCACCAGGCAUAAAU